AUGCCACGCCCCCCGCCCCUGGCGUUUGGACACGCUCAGAGGCGGGAGCUAAAGACGCUGCGACAGAGCACCCUGUGGCUCUCAGAGCGCCCCGUGGCUCUCAGAGCGCCCCGUGGCUCUCAGAGCGCCCCAUCAGAUGUUCCUGAUGCUCCUGCAGAGUUUUUUGAGGCUUUUCUUCACAUCAGAGAAAACAAAAUGUCCGCCGCGUGCGUCCUGCUGCUGCUCGCUCUCACGCUGCGCCGCUCGGAAGAGAAGCAGUUGUUGGUCUUUUCUGGGAAGACGGUGACUCUGCCCUGUGGAGAUGUGCCCCCGACCAACUGCACCUGGACUAAAGGGGGCGCCAUCCUCACACCCAAAGCCACAUAUAACGAAUACAAAGAUGAAGGAUCAUCUCCAGUGUCUGUGGACCAGAGAUCCCACAGACUGAACCUGAGUGGGUCCUGUGAGCUGCACAUCCGGGACGUGACACCAGAGGACGCUGGAGCGUACAUCUGCACCGGGCACAACCAAUCACAGCCCUCACGCUCUUUCCUGUCUGUGGUCAGCUUUUCCUUUUCCGGCAUACCGUAUUCUGCAAAAGUGAGCUGUCGUGUCCAUCCAAACGACGGACUCUGUGGAUUCCUGGUCAAACUGCUGGUCCAGGGCUUGGAUCAUGACGGUUUCAGGGUCUGGACGUCCGAGUGCUCGGCUCAUAUCAGUUACUCAGUGUCUUUUCCUCCUUCUCCUUUGAAUCUGAGUGUGGACUGUGAAGUGACCGACCUGAAGUCUGACCACGUCCAGGUGUUUCCGAUUUUUGAAAGAGGAAACAAGACCGAGGUCCAGACCGAGGACGACUCUGAAGAAUCACAGGACGCGCUCUGGCUCGUGGCGGUGCUGAUGCUGGUGCUGCGUUCAGUGGAGGUGCUGAUGGUUUCUGUCGUCAUGGUGAUACUGCUCCGAGAAUACGCCCGCCGCAGUUCUGCCGAUGACCACCAGGAGACAAUAAGACAAGUCCAAAAAAAUAAAAACCUGAACCAGGGAGGAGUCACUGAUCUGAGUCAGCGUUAUUAA